GCUAUAGUAGCUGACUGCGCCCUGUGGGUCACGAAGCGGUGCGUUAUGCCUUGCAUCACAAUUGAGUUCAUAUCCAAGUCUCACGCAACACAUUUGCGAUUGCUGAGACUAACGUCGAAGACAACCGCAGCCAAUCGGUAGCUGCUGCAACACAAGCUCGAGUUAUUCUGCGACCUGUUCUGUCAGUCUAGGAGCACCAAGCCGGUGCACUGACUUGAAUAAUUUAGCUGGCUAGCUCUGUCUGAGUGGGGGAUUUUUGUGGCUUCUUGGACCUAAGGUCAGGUUUCCGCAUGUCAUUUUACUGGGCAGGAGUGCCGUCACGUUUUCACGGACAGCCAGAACAUUUGGUCGGCGUUAAAAGCAGGUCGGCUCUUCCGCCCCCGUUUGGUCAGGCGAGCGAUGCUCCACCCAGGAUGGGCCAGUCACUGUGCGUCUGCUCUCGCAGUGCCAUCACCAUAGACAGCAAAAGAUACUACUUCAUCCAGAAGCUCGAUGAGGGAGGCUUCAGCUACGUCGACCUGGUGGAAGGCGCUCAGGACGGGCGCUUCUACGCACUGAAGCGCAUCCUAUGCCAUGACAGCGAGGGGCGGCGUGAGGCCCAGGCCGAGGUGGAAAUGCACCACCUCUUCCACCACCCGAACAUCCUGAGCCUGAGCGGCCACGCCUUCGUAGAGCGCAAUGGCAGGAACGAGGCUUGGCUCCUCCUCCCCUACGUCAGUAAAGGAAGUCUGUGGUCCAUUUUGGAGAAGCUGAGGGACAAGAGCAGUUUCAUGCCAGAGGGACGCAUCCUGCACAUCUUUUGCGGCAUUUGCGAGGGCCUCAAAGUGAUUCAUGAUAGGGGUUACGCGCACAGGGACCUGAAGCCCACCAACGUGCUCCUGGAGGAGGAUGACAGACCUCUCCUAAUGGACUUGGGAUCCAUGAACAAGGCCCGGAUCGAAGUGAGAGGAUCGCGAGAGGCCAUGACCAUCCAGGACUGGGCGGCUCAGAGGUGCACCAUCUCGUACCGAGCUCCAGAACUUUUCAGUGUGGAGAGCCACUGCAUCAUCGACGAAAAGACAGAUAUUUGGUCAUUAGGCUGUGUGCUGUACUCUAUGAUGAUGCUGGAGGGGCCAUACGAUGUGGUGUUUCAGAAGGGGGACAGCGUGGCACUGGCUGUUCAGAACCCAGUGGCCAUUCCUCAGCCAUGCAGGUACUCUGAAGGGCUGCAGACCCUCCUCAGCUCCAUCAUGGUGACCAACCCUCAGGAACGUCCUGACAUCAGCUGGGUCCUCGACCAGGUCAGGAACCUCCAGGGCACGGACGGCGGUGCUACGGACGCCAGCCGAGUAUGACACUUCGGCCGGGAGGGAGUGUCUGCCUGGCUCCUUCCUUUCCUCAUGAAAACUCCUUGUCUGGACUAUGCACCCCGUUGCUCUUGGGUUCUUCUGCUUAAGCUAGACCUGGCCUCUCACGAGCAUCUGCUUUUACCUCAUUGAGUUCAUGGAUAAUAUAGGGCACGUGCGCAUACACACACAAAAUCAUGUGAAUGUGCAUAUCAAUCUUCAUACAUAUCAGUCAGAAACAGCCAUGUUUUGAUUUUAAUCAAACUAGGAGAUCUCAUGCGGGAUAGACUGGCACAUAAAAGCAGGAUCAUGUGUUGGACAGUAUGCACACAAUCUCAAUCAUUUAGUCAUGAAAACCUCUACUUUGUGUCCAUUGCUAACUUCAGUAUUGUCACAGUGACUGCCCAUAUACCAUAGCAUAUAUAACAAUUUGCUGUACAUAUAAAGGGGGACAAAAAGUAAUUCCUUUGAUUCAUGGAGAGCGCUGGAUAGAAGUGGAAGAGUGCAAUUGGAACUCAAGUUGGAGAACAUAUAGGUAAAAGUCCACUUUGUCUUCAUUUUGAGAUGGAAUAUGUCCUUAAAAGCAGUUCUUUGAACAAAACCUGCUUAGACACAUGCUGAGCGAGCAACGAUUGACCAGCUAUUCAAGCUCGGACACUAUUCAUAAAUGGGAUAAUUUAUUAAAUGGCAAAAGGAGAUGAAUGUGAAUGAAAUAUCAGCAUAAUUUCAGUGCAUCAACCAGCAGGGACACAGUUAUAAGUUUUGAUAUGAGCAGUGAGAUGUCAUGGUUCCCUAGCAGUUCCUGAUCCUGUAGCCUAGUCCAUGUACCUGUAAUGCAGCUAGCAUGCACUGUACUCUGGCUCACAGCUGAAUUUCAGUAUGCAUGGAGGCUGACAUUCACUCUGUAGCCCUGAUGAACACUUUUAAAGUUUAGUAGUGUCAUGUCAUGAUUUGUAACCCAAUAUUUUGAAACGCUACAUGUUUGAAGGAACCCUGUAAUGACUAAAGGGUACUAAAGGGUCAAAUGCAGUAAAAUGUAAAUGUUUUUCUUUUGUUUGUAUUUUAUUUAUUUUAUUAAUGAAUGCUUAGUAGGGCAUCGCAACCACUUUCCUGUAGAACACAUCUCUGGUCAUCUGUGAUCAUUAAGACAGAAUUAACCUGAGAGUUCAUUUUGCCUUAAUUCUGACUUGAUUCAUCUUUGUCUGAGGGAACUGACUUCAAGCAUUCAGUACAUAGGCUGCGUUUAGUUUAAGUUGUUAAUUUUGAACAAUUAGCAGGCUUAUUUUUUAUUGUACUAUUAUUCUUUUUUGGCAUUGAGACGAAUGGCAGUAAUGUUGGUGUAAUUUAAGGGCGCUUUCUAUAGUGACUCUCGUGUGGUCUUAAUGCUUAGCGUGCUGAGAACAAAAUUCUUUAAUUUUCUAAAUUCUUUAAUUUUAAAAUAUUUAAUUGCAUGUGUUAUAGCAGAGCAUCAUGUCUCAUUAUGUUUUUCUUAGAGUUUUGCCUUAAGGCCUCUUUUUAUUUUAAGUUGAUUAAAAAUAAUUUAACUAUA